AUGGUAUUACGAGGACCAAACGGUGCUACCGUCAAUGCUGUCAAUGGCAAGCCAGGCGUGACUCGCACCCUGCGGAUUCCUGCUGCCACUAGUUUCCGACAGCUGACCGACGUCCUCAAUACUGCCUUCGGGUGGGGAGGGGACAAAGAGUGGGACUAUCUCAUCGCCACUCAUGCCGGCAAAUGGUCAAAUAUCGAGCCCCCACCAUGGCAAUUCGUCACCAGGCUAAAGAAGAUUGGNACUGCCGAAUAUGGUGUGCCAGAUGAAGAAGAAGCAUAUAUCAAAGCAAGGGAGAUCAGACUCUUUGAUGUUUGGGGCCGACACCAGCCACGGCAAUGUCAAAACCUCCAGGUCUGGUACAAUUAUCGUUCAGACAUUGAAUGGGCCCAUCAGAUUUCCUUCCUGGGUGAAGCGAAUGACAGGCUCUUCGAGGCAUCAAGGAUGGAAGCAGAUCGGAAGUAUUGGUGCAUCGCUGGCGAGGGACAUGCACAUCCCGAAGACCAUCCCGGGAAGCUCGACAAGUGGAGAGGCAAAAUCAACCUAUGGGCAUGGGAUAUGACGAAGAUCAAUCGAGACUUGGGUGAUUUGGAGGAGAGCUUAUUGCAUAGAUAG